AUGCUGCUUCGAUCGUCUAGACCACGAACCACAGCUACCUUAGCAGCCCAUUUACGUGCAUCUCGCAUCAACCGGCCUGCCUCUCCUAAAAUGGCUUGGACUUCUGGUCGCCGCACCUUCUCCUCAUCUUCCUGGUUUUCUUCUCCAUCUUCUUCAUCUUCCUCAUCUUCAUCUUCUUCCUCCUCUCCACGUUUCUCUUAUGUCAUUGCCGAAUCUUAUUCGGCUAAAAAACGAAAUGAUACCCUUGCUCCGGCUCACUUUGAAGAAAGACUUCGAGAAGAACGAGAUCUCGUGCGUGCACAACUUAACCAACUCUCCGUAUCGGCCCAAGCAGCUGCCGCAGAUAAUGAUAUGCGUGCACUGGCAGCACACGAGUAUCAUGCAGGCCUCCUCCGUCGCAAAUUACGCGAAAUUGAAGAUCAACUUGCCCUCAUUGUACUGGUCCAGCAACUCAACCUCCACUCGCCACUCCAGUUUCUUAAAGAAUCUGCAACCUCAGAAUCUCAAGGUAUCACCACCACUCCAGAACAACUCGAAAUUCUCGACCGCGAAACAGGUGAAGAUAGCUACUUCAUUUCCCCAACAUCUGGCCCCGUCGCUGCAAAGGGAAUCGCCUUUGGUGUCGCUGACGGUGUCGGCGGUUGGGCUGCUAUGGGCGUUGACCCCUCCGCAAUCUCAAAAGGUCUCUGUUUCUACCUCCAUCGCAUCUUCUCUACCCAUAUGGCCAUCCAGCUCGCUGAUCCUCCAACCGCUGCAUCUGCUGUAGGUCUUCCAGCCCCUCGGGCUCUUCUAACAGCUGCAUUCACCGACCUUAAGGAUCUCCAGCGCCUCAGUAGCAACGCCGCUGCCAUAGCUGGCGGUACUACGGCUUGCGUCGGUAUCGCGUCUGCUUCUACAGGUACCUUGCAUCUAGCCAAUCUUGGUGAUUCAGGUGCAAUAGUUUUCCGCGCUGGAAAAAUCGCCUUCCACUCAGACCCCCAAGUCCAUGCCUUUAAUACUCCCUACCAGCUUUCAAUCAUCCCACGCGAGAUCCAAGAGCUCGAGGACCGUGCAAACGAGUCCCAGGGCCAGCGAAUUGCAGAUACCCCAGCCGACGCUGAAGUAUUGUCUUUCCAGCUUAAACAUGGUGAUGUUGUUCUAGUCGCCACCGACGGGUUUCUAGACAAUAUCUUCCCCUCUCAUGCCUUGGCUAUCAUUACCGACUAUAUGCUCGCCAAAAACGCAUGGACCAAAUCCUCCAUUGCUUCGUCUGGAGAAAUCCUUCCCAACUCUAAGUCCCACCUCUCCCAUGCUUCUGUCGGUGCUUUAGCCCAUAAACUCGUCUCGGCAGCUUACAACGCUGCUCGUAACCCGAAAUCGAAAACUCCCUUUGGCACAGAGUUCUCCAGAGAGUUUAAGUCACCCUACCCAGGUGGCAAGCCCGACGACACCACCGUUCUGGUGAUGCACGUCCAAGACCCGUCCCAGGUGGAAUUACCUCCAAAAUCAAAAAUAUAA